CUACUUGUGAUCACUAACACUGCCGCUUUCUAACCUACUCGUAAAAGCUACCUCCUCUUCCGAGACCUCCAGGAAUUUUUCCGAGAACUCAAGGAAGAAAAGAGAGGAUUUUCAGAGCAUUCGAAACCUGAGGGUAACAACAAUGGCGAAGAAGAAGGAGAGCAAGAAGAAAGAGAGUAAGCCAAAGCAUUCGCUUGAUGUCAACAGAGCCAAUGCUACCACCAGCAGCAGCCGUAGCGCCGCCACUGUGCGGCGGCUCAAGAUGUAUAAAACUCGCCCUUCUAGGAAUACCCAGGGCAAGAUUAUGAGCCAACAGUAUCAGUCCAGCGAUUUGCCUGAUUCUCGAAUUCAACCUGAUCGUCGCUGGUUUGGGAACACUAAAGUUAUCCCCCCAAAGGAACUUGAAUUUUUCCGUGAAGAGCUUACGAAUCGCAUGUCAAACAACUAUAAUAUGAUAUUGAAAGGAAAGAAUCUUCCUAUGUCCCUUUUAAAUGAUCUUCCCAAGCAACGGAGAGUUCAUCUCCUUGACACGGAACCUUUUGAGAAUGCUUUUGGACCAAAAGGGAAACGGAAACGUCCAAAGCUUCAGGCAGCAGAUUACCAGUCUCUGGUGCAUAAAGCUGAUAGUUUACAAGAUGAAUAUGAACAGAAGAAAGAAGCUAUGCCUUCUACUGAAGGAGACGAAGUGGAUGGAUUCCGGGAUUUGGUUCGCCAUACAAUGUUUGAGAAAGGUCAAAGCAAACGUAUAUGGGGUGAACUUUACAAAGUCGUUGAUUCAUCAGAUGUUGUUGUUCAAGUUUUGGAUGCUAGGGACCCACAAGGAACAAGAUGCUAUCAUCUAGAGAAGCAUAUAAAAGAGAACUGCAAGCAUAAGAAUAUGGUUUUUCUUCUAAAUAAGUGUGAUCUGAUUCCAGCUUGGGCUACAAAAGGUUGGCUAAGAGUAUUAUCCAAGGAAUUCCCAACCCUAGCUUUCCAUGCUAGCAUCACCAAGCCUUUUGGAAAGGGUUCUCUCCUUUCAGUGCUGAGGCAAUUUGCACGGCUAAAGAGUGACAAGCAAGCAAUAUCCGUGGGAUUUGUUGGCUACCCUAAUGUUGGGAAAUCAUCAGUUAUCAAUACAUUGCGUACUAAAAAUGUUUGCAAGGUUGCCCCCAUACCCGGGGAGACUAAAGUCUGGCAAUAUAUCACGCUUACCAAGAGGAUUUUUCUAAUAGACUGCCCUGGUGUCGUUUAUCAAAAUAGUGACUCAGAGACGGAUAUUGUUUUGAAGGGCGUGGUGCGAGUUGCAAAUUUGCAUGAUGCUUCUGAACACAUUGGAGAAGUGCUGAAACGUGUAAAGAAGGAGCAUCUUCAAAGAGCAUAUAAGAUUAAGGACUGGGAGGAUGAUCAUGAUUUUCUCUUUCAGCUUUGCAAGUUAUCGGGCAAGCUUUUGAAGGGUGGAGAACCAGACCUAAUGACAGCAGCAAAAAUGGUCCUUUACGAUUGGCAGAGAGGCAAAAUACCCUUUUUUGUUCCUCCCCCACAGGAGGAAGAUAAUACAUCAGAGGUGCCGCUUGUUGCCGGUGAUGAAAGAGAUGGAGAGACAGAGACAGAGGAAAAUAAAGAAAAGUCGUCAUCUGCAAUGAAAGCUAUUGCAGAUGUUAUUUUGUCUCAGCAGCUGGAAAAUGUCCCAGUUCAAAGUGAACUGUAUAGUGAAACUGAGCUCAAGGGGGAGAUGUCUGAACAAACUGUGAAUCCGGAGUAAUAAGUUUUCUUUUGUUUGUGCUUUCCUUUUUUCCUAACGGAAUUGUACGGAUCAAAAGAAGUAGAAUGGAUAUCGUGAAUGAAUACAAAGGUAUACUUGGUAAGAGAUUAGUUGUAUUAUUUUUGGUUAAUGCUACUUUCUCAUGGCUGUAUUAUUACAA